AUGGUUACUGAAAAGCAAAAAGAAAUUAUUAUCUGUUUUAUGCAAGAUCAUCCCGAGUUUGGUCGGGGACGUUUACGAUAUAAUAGCGAAAAUAAACGAAAAAUUGAUGAACUUUGGGAGAAAUUGUCUACGAUAUUAAAUACCGCGGCGUGUGGACCAUAUAAAUCUGCUAAAGAAUGGUCUAAGACAUGGAGAGAUUGGAAAUCUAAUACUUUAAAAAAAGUUGCUAAACAUAAGACUUAUAUGAUGAGCACUGGUGGUGGUUCAUCGAAACAUCUACAGUUAACUGGUAUAGAAAAAGCUUUAAUAGAUUUUUUGACACCAGAUGCUAGUGGAUUAACAGGAAUACCAGAAGGUGGAAUUGAAGAUAUAAUGUCAAGUUCUAGUUAUAAUGAACUUUCUGUAUUGUCAUAUAACAUAGAAUUAGAAGAAACACAAGAAAUGUCUUUAAAUGAAAUAUCAGAAAUGGAUUUAUAUCAAAUGCAAUCUUGUACUCUACAGAAGAAACAUGCACAACUUGAAAAUAAUAAGAAAAUUUGGGAACAUCAUGAAACAAGAGCUUUUUCGAAGCACCUCAUAAAUAAGCAAAAUAUUCAGAAGAUGUAA